AUAUUAGAGAUGUCUUUAUUACAAUUUAUAUAUAUAUAUUUUUUUUUUUAUUUUAAAGAUGAGAAAUUUUAUACAACAAAGAAAUUCAGAAAAUAGUCAAAUCGAUGUUUCUCAAGCGGACAUAUUCGAUCCAAUAGUUGAGACAGUAUCAAGAGAGACUGAUACAGAAUCAAAUUCUGAUUCCGAUUCCGAUUCAUCUAGCAAUGAAGACAACGAUCGAUUGGAGAAUUUGUCUUGGUGUCGAUGUGGCAAUUGUAAACUGAUGCCAACUGUUAUCGAAUCUAUUUGUUGCAGAGAAAAUGACGAUAUUGAUUAUCACAUACCUGAUGGAAAAAGUUGCAUUUGUGAACAUCCAUUUCACAUCCAGGAGACUAGCCAACAAUUUCUUGAUAGGGUGAACAGCAUAACAUAUAGUUAUGUUCCAAUGAGACCCAAUAAGCAAAACAUCUUGACACAAAGAGGUUAUCGCAAGCUAGCGUAUAGAGGAUUUUCAACAUGGAUGUAUGGAGAUUUGGGACCCAAAAAUAGAAGACCCAUACCUUCCUGUGUGGUUAAUAGCAUUCGCAGUUGUUUCCCGGCACCAGACAAUAUAUAUGUCGGUUUUCAUUACCCGGAGGAUGAUGGUCCAGCAUUUUCAAUGAUUCUGGAUUAGUCCUUUCUAUUAUUACUAUUGUUAAAAUUGGAUUGUGUGAGUUGAUUUUAAUUGUAGAUUUGAAAGUACUACAAAAUAAAAAAAACUUUUUUUUUUUAUUAAAUGUUUAACAUUUAUACAGUUAAAUUGUUUAAAUAAAAAAUCGAUUAUAAAA